AGCUGAUUGCAUAAUGCGCUUCAACAUCUGACCGAUAACUGUUGACACUUGGUGACAAUCUGUCUAUUUGCUGUUUCGAAGUUCGUCCUCAGUGCAGGUCAACAGACUAGGAACAGCUGCAGUACAAUGGCUGCCUUCCUUCAUCACUGCCCCUUCUUGAAAGCUGUCCCGAAGCCAGCUUUGAGGAGAACAGGGGCCACCUUGAUGUCUCUGGCCGAUCGGUGCCCCAUCAUCGCUCGACAGAUCAGCGUGAGUGGCCCAGCCUCUCUGGACGCCAAGCUGGGCGUCUCAUCCGACGCCCUGAAGACUAAACGACUUCCCACCAUGGAUCAAAGGAGGCUGUUUGCUCAGUCGGCGGCUCAGGUGGCUGAGUCUGUGUCGAAGGGCUGCCCUUUCGUCAGCUCUCAGAUCGGGAUGGUGCGAGCCAGCCCCGAAGUGCAAGAGGACGUCAAAGAGGGUCUGAUGACUCCUCUGCUGAAGGGUUUGAAGGAUUUAAUCCUCCCGACACCAGCUCAGGCCGACACCGUCACCCACCUCCUCAAAGACAACAUGGUUGGACCCAGCUACGACUACGACCGCUUCUUCGCUGAGAAGAUUGCUGAGAAGAAGAAGGACCACACAUACAGAGUCUUCAAGACCGUGAACAGGAGUGCUGAGGUCUUUCCAUUUGCGGACGAUUACUCCGUCUCUGGGCGGGAGGGCUCCCAGGUGUCCGUCUGGUGCAGCAACGACUACCUGGGGAUGAGUCGCCACCCGCGGGUCCUCAGUGCCAUCAGUGAUGCCCUGGAGAAGCACGGAGCAGGAGCGGGGGGCACCAGGAACAUCUCCGGCACUAGUAACUACCACGUGUCUCUGGAGAAGGAGCUGGCCCAGCUCCACCAGAAGGACGCAGCUCUCGUCUUCUCCUCCUGCUUCGUGGCAAAUGACUCUACCCUCUUCACUUUGGCGAAGAUGCUUCCAGGGUGCGAGAUCUACUCCGAUGCAGGGAACCACGCGUCGAUGAUUCAGGGCAUCAGGAACAGCGGAGCCAAGCGCUUCAUCUUCCGCCACAAUGACAGCCGACACCUUGAGGAGCUGCUGCGACGCUCUGACCCCAAGACACCCAAGAUAGUGGCGUUUGAGACUGUGCACUCCAUGGACGGUGCCAUAUGUCCUCUGGAAGAGCUGUGUGACGUAUCUCACCGCUACGGAGCUCUGACGUUCGUUGAUGAGGUUCACGCUGUGGGCCUGUACGGAGCCCAUGGAGCUGGAGUGGGAGAGAGGGACAACAUUAUGCACAAGAUUGACAUUGUUUCUGGGACCUUAGGUAAAGCCUUUGGCUGUGUUGGAGGCUACAUCGCCAGCAGCAACGCCCUGGUGGACACAGUGCGCUCCUUUGCGGCCGGCUUCAUCUUCACCACUGCCCUGCCCCCGAUGGUCCUGUCUGGAGCCCUGGAGUCGGUCCGGGUGCUGAAGAGCUCCGAGGGGCAGUCGCUCCGCAGAGCCCACCAGAGGAACGUCAAGCACAUGAGGCAGCUGCUCAUGGACAAGGGCCUGCCUGUGGUCAACUGCCCCAGCCACAUCAUCCCCAUCCAGGUGGGCAACGCUGAGCUGAACACCAAGGUGUCUGACAUCCUGCUGGAGAGACACAACAUCUACGUCCAGGCCAUUAACUACCCCACAGUGCCUCGGGGUGAGGAGCUGCUGCGCCUGGCUCCGUCUCCUCACCACGACCCAGCAAUGAUGGAGUAUUUCGUGGAUAAACUGGUGGAGGUGUGGCAGGAAGCAGGGCUCCAGCUCAACACCCCGUCAGUGGCCUCCUGCACCUUCUGUGACCGUCCGCUGCACUUCGACCUUAUGAGUGAAUGGGAGAAAUCCUAUUUCGGCAACAUGGAACCGCAAUACAUUACUGUGUCUGCAUAAUACCGAAGUACUUGAAGGCCUACACAUACAGCAUAUGUAUACAAUUAAUGCUACAUCCAACAUCCUUUUAAAUUCUUAAUGUCCAACUUCAUGUACACUGAGAAUGUUUAAACAUCAUUUAAUGUCAAUGUAUCGGACUAAACUAAACAGUAUUUAUUUCUAUUUUCCUGCAUUUAUGCUAAUUAAAUUGUGUUUGCUCCCAUUGCUAUGAUUAAAUAAAGUUGUGCCUCCUCCACUUAAAAGCACAAAACCUGCACACUGGGCACUUUCUUAAAUCUUAUAUCUGGGUGUGAUGGUUUGAAUUAAACUAUGGUAUCUCA